AUGAUGAUACGUGUAUCAACUAUUCAUCCAUACUUUGUUUACAUUUUCCUAGAUGAUAUAAAGGGCAUGGUUGCUUACAUUUUCUUCUAUUGUGAUCCGUACUACCGUACCUUCCACAACUUGUUGAAUGAUGAUAUAAAGGGCAUGGUUGCUUACAUUUUCUUCUAUUGUGAUCCGUACUACCGUACCUUCCACAACUUGUUGAAUGCAAUAUCUCGCCAUGGCAUCGGUAUUUAUCGACCUUCCAUUGUUCAUCAUCUCCAAGUGCUAAGGCGUGUUGUCACAGAACUCCUUCUAUCUGAAAAUAGUUGCAAGCACAUGACAUCAAUUUCAAGUCCACAACAUGCUGCGCACUUUCAUCCAAAACUUGCGAGGAAUAAGCAUCUCGCGAAGCCAGGGAUAAACAUCUGGCAAAGGGUGUGCAUUGAGGUGAAUUUGGGGCAUAAGUUGCCCGACAGGGUUUGGAUUGAGCGCGCUAGUAACCGUGGCUUCUGGCAGACAGUUAUCUAUGAGAAGCGGCCAAUUUUUUGCUUCUCUUGUAAACACUUGGGUCAUUCUUAUGAUCAGUGUACUACGGUUCCUCCUCCUCCUGCAGUUGUUGCGCACCCCCCUGUUCGGCCCCCUAUUACUAGGACUGAUAAGGAUAAGGGCAAGGUGACGUUUGUGGAGCCAAAGAAGCAGUGGGUUCCAGUUUCAGCAGUGCCUUCUGUGCUUCCCACUACUACUACCGUAGUUGUGACUGAGUCAGAAUCUGCAUCGGCAGUUCCUACCUCUACUCGUAUCACAGUUGAUCCAGAGGUACCUCCGUAUAUUCAUUCAGUUGCUGAGCCUACUCCAAAUGCUCCUAUCGAGGUACCCACUUCUCCUAUUAUUACUUCCAUAGCUCCUAUUCCCACAGCUACUGCUGAUGUACCCCCUGAGCCGACACAUAUGAGUUCUCCACCAUUAAAGACACACACAGAUGGUACUCAGUCAGCGCAGGGAUCAGGUACCGGGACAGUUCCUCAAACCACUCUUGCACAGGGGUUGUUGGCUGAGAUCAGCUCAGAGCGACAUGGUGUCAAGCAUAUGUUGAUUGAUCACUUUAAGAAGGACCAUGGAAUGAAAGUUGGAUCUACCAUGAGAUUUGCUAUUGAGGACUUGGUUUUUAAGCUCUUUGGAGAGGGACCUUCUGUAAGUAAGACUCCUACGCAUACACCUUUACCUAGUCCUUCUAUCACAGCUCCUACACACAAUAAGGUGAAAGAACAUAUACAGAGAGAUAUGGAUGGCAUGGGCCUUGGAAACUGCAUGCAAAAUGCAGAGGACGAUGUCCCUACAGCAAGCAAGUCAAUCUCCCACGAUUUAGAUGUCGUAGCACAGAACACCAUGAGAUUAGACACACCUACGACUAGUACAAUGAGAUCAGAUGCACCCGCUUUUCGCCCAACAUUCAGUGCACCACCAUCCGAACAGUACUUAUCACCAAAGCAGGCUCCUACACGCAGGCGAGACCCCUCUCCAACGAGCGAGCCAGACAUCGCAGACUACUAUGAUCCGGAAAUGUUUCAAACCAGACGCAUGACCCGAUCAAUGUCUAUGUACUACCACCCGAAGAUUUACCCUCGGGAAUACCCUUAAGUACCUUUCAUUUGUUUUUGUUCGUA